AGUUUCUUUAUGAGUAUACUAUGUGCUACUUUACUUCCAAUAUCUUUUUCUUUUAUACAUGAAGUCAUGAGUUUUAUAAUUAAGUUUGGUUGACAGUCCUAUAACAUUGAUUGAUUAUACAACACGAUUCACAAUGGCUUUCAGAACACUUUUCAAGCACAGCAAAUUGUUGAAUGCAAAAGUAUGUGGGAGAUUAAUGAUGUCUACAUCUUCACGUAAUCCAGGAGAGAUGUAUGUGAGAGAUGCAUUGAAUUCGGCAAUGAAUGAAGAAAUGAAACGAGACGACAAAGUUUUCUUGCUUGGAGAAGAAGUUGCUCAAUAUGAUGGGGCUUAUAAGGUCAGCAGGGGAUUAUGGAGAGAACAUGGUGAUAAACGUGUGAUUGAUACUCCAAUAACAGAAAUGGGAUUUGCAGGAAUUGCUGUGGGAGCGGCAAUGGCCGGUUUGAAGCCAAUCUGUGAAUUCAUGACUUUCAACUUUUCAAUGCAAGCAAUUGAUCAUGUUAUUAAUUCUGCUGCUAAAACAUUAUAUAUGUCAGCUGGGGCCGUGCCCGUCCCUAUUGUAUUCAGAGGACCAAACGGUUCUGCUGCUGGCGUUGGAGCGCAGCAUUCACAGUGUUUUGCAGCUUGGUAUGGCCAUUGUCCUGGUUUGAAGGUUUUAUCUCCAUUCAAUUCUGAAGAUUGCAGAGGUUUAUUAAAGGCCGCUAUCCGAGAUCCUAAUCCAGUUGUUUUCCUGGAGAAUGAAUUAAUGUAUGGUGUCUCAUUUCCCGUUUCGGAUGCUGCAAUGUCAGAAGAUUUUACUUUGCCAAUCGGUAAAGCCAAUAUUGAACGUGAAGGCAAACAUGUUACACUUGUCUCUCACUCAAAACCUGUAGGAUUAUGCCUCGAAUCAGCUGAACAACUCGCUGCAGAGGGUAUUGAAUGUGAAGUGAUCAAUUUAAGAAGUAUUCGUCCUCUUGAUAUUGAAACUAUAGAAAGAAGUGUUAUGAAAACCAAUCAUCUUGUAGUCGUGGAAUCAGGAUGGCCAAUGUUUGGGGUUGGUGCUGAAGUUGUUGCACAAAUAAUGGAAGGACCAGCAUUUGAUUACCUCGAUGCUCCAGUUGUCAGAGUUACUGGAGCUGAUAUACCAAUGCCGUAUGCCAAAAUUCUGGAAGACAACACUAUGCCGGCAACAAAGGAUGUUAUUCUUUCUGUCCGUAAAACUUUACAUUUACAACAAGGCCAAGCUGCAACUGCUUAGCAUAUUUUAUUACUAUAUAUUUAUCUCUCUUGCUAUAAAUACACAAAAGUAACAGAUUGUAAUGAGA